UUACUUAUUUAGAAUGUUGGACAGUUGGAUUUGUCUUCAAAACUUCCAAUUUGGUCACUCUCUUUCCAGGCCUUCCAGCUAAGGUUUUCCUCUCUUUCAGUUCUUUCUUUUCUUAGUUAUUACAUUAGGAUUCUUCUUCCCUUCAAUCAUCAUUGACAAUGAAAGUGAAAUCCUGAAAGAGGGUAGGAUAGUCUUUUUAGAAUCCAUACAUUGGAGUAACUUGUUUCUCACCUGGUAGAAUACAAAAGAGGAGUCUUUUUCCUGCAAAGAAACAGGGGAAACAGAGGUCUCUGGAUAGUUAUAGGCUUGUUUCUUAGUUACAAAUUUCUCUUAGAAUUGGGCUUCAUUAUCAGAAACCUCCAAAAUUCAAAAUUCUUUUCUGGGUUUCACUUCUUUCACUGCAAAAAUUUGUCUUUCUUUCUCUAUCAAAUCCUAAAUAUCUGAAACAAUAAUGAAUGUAAGCCUUAUUUUUAUUUUUUAUUUUUUUGUUAAUCAGUAUUUUCAUUAACUUGGUUCUAUUUUUGUAAGAUUUUGCUACUUGCCUAUUUGGGUCCUUUUAUAUAAAAUAUUCAUAUGAUGAGUGCCAACUUGACAAAAAUCUCACCAUUUAAUGUACUUUGCUUGUGAAAUUCCCAUGUUUGGUUUUUCUCUCAAUAGUGAAUACACUUUAAUCAAAGCGUUCAUGAUUUAAUUUAAAUUAAUGCGUUCUAUUUGGAGUUGUAAAGAGAUGGGCUAAUUGUAGAAGCAAACAGUUGUUAAUCAGGCAAAUAUUUCAUGAGGUUUUUGUUCUGCAAGAUCCAUUGUCCGUCCUUCAUUUGCUUUUGCAAACCCUCUCCUCACAUAUACACUGCUGGACCAUUGAAAUUGGAAAAUUCUCCACAUGUGCCUUCAAAACCUGUCUCAGUUCCUGAAGCCUCUGAUAAGUUACCCGGUGAGACCAUUGAGGUCAAGGAAGAGAGCUUAGGUGGGAAAAAACAACCAGUUGUGAAAUGCCUAAAAAGCAGUCUCCGGAAGCCGACUUCAGAGUCUGGUUCUGUGAAAGAGGAUCAGAAGAAGAAAGUACAAUGGAUGGACUAUAUUGGAAAAGAACUUGUUCAGAUUAGAGAAUUUGAAUUGAGUGAAAUUGAAGAUACUGAUAAUGACAGUGAUGACAAUAAAAGCUGUGUUUGUGUUAUUCUUUGAACCUGUUCAAUCAACUUCUACUCUACAAUUUCAGCAGCAACUACAACAAUGACAAGGGAGGCAAAACAGUUUAAUGGUUUUGAACUUCAGUAUAUUCAUCAUAUGGAUAUGGAAUUGGAAAGGAGCUAUGUUGGGCUCAACAUUUAACUUUCAUUUACUUUGGUGCUGCCUCAUCAGCUCUCUAAUCAAGAGUACUCCAAAAAAAAUUCUGUACACUAGAUAGUUAAUUUUCUAUUGUAAGAAUAUCAAGCUAUUGUUUAUUUUCUUUUAAACAACAACAUUGGUUUCUUCAGCUGUCUACGAAUUUCGCAGAAGCUCUAAUCUUUAUCAAAAUAUGGUUUAUUC